AUGUCCGACCAGGAGGAAGUCGCCAACAGCUCGGGGUACUCGACCCCCGUCCCGGAACUUGACGACCACCGGAACCAAACCACUUCGGCCCAUCGCCCAACGGACCGUCCUCGCAGGGGCACCUUCGACUCUUUAUAUGGAGCACGAGUAAUGGCACCGGGGGGCACAUCUGGGGAGCCGAGGGUCCGUGACUUUGAGCAAGCCAUUGUUGAUGAGGAGGCCGGAGACCAGUCACCAACCCUGCGGCGAACGCGUCGCCCGACUAUCGAUUCGGUUUCUGAGCGAUCUUCUUCACCGCCAAACUCAGUCAAGGCUUUCGCCGAGGCCCGUCGGCGGGAGCGUGGGCUCUCGUUCUCUGAGCCGAGGCCGGAGCGCAAGCCCGAUGAGCCUGAACUGCAGCGCACUACGUCGGUUGCCAGCCGCAACAGUUACCGCAGCAGACAGCAGACGGUAGCGACAGCCGCCGAUACGGCGAGCCUGGCUACGAACAAGUCCGCCGAAGAAGACGUGUGCUUUCCCUUGCAGGACGAACAGAGGGGCGAUCAUCUCUAUAUCGACUUUGACUACCUUGAGAACUUCAUCCAGUCCGAGAAUGAGGCCCGUCAAGCUGCCCGUCGCCCCGAGGUCGCCCGGGUGUUUCCCGAUUUGCGGCCCGAGAGUACUGAAACGGCUGCGGCCCCCCCUACUUUAACUGUUGAUGGUGACUUCUUGGGCACCCCCUUUGGUAGCGAAAGCCGCACUGAAAAAGCUGAAAGAUCGGAUACAGAGUUGGCCAAGGUUGCGCAGCCGCCGGCCCCGAUCGACCAUAGCCGGGUGAGCUUUUUCUCCUCCGCCUGGGAAUCCACCAUCCAUGCUGCCGACCUCGAGGGUCUGAUCUUGCCGGGCGAGAAUAUCCGUGGGCUCUUCACUUUCCCCAGGGGCGAGACGGAUGGCGUCUGGUGGCUCAACAUAAACAAGCCGUCGGAGGAGGAAGUUCGUGCGAUCUGCAGGGCCUUUGGCGUUCAUCCCUUGACGGUUGAGGAUAUUACGACUCAGGAGUCUCGCGAGAAGAUUGAGCUCUUCCCUUCCUACUACUUUGCCUGUUUCCGGUCGUUCGGCAUUGAACCAGACGAAGAGACAGGGGAGAACGAGUUUGUCCCGUUCAACAUCUACGUGGUUGUUUUCCGUGAGGGUACGCUGAGCUUCAGCUACUCCAGCAACCCCCACGCCUCUCAUGUUAGAAAGAGGAUCGCCAUGUUGAAGGAUUAUGUCGCACUGAGCAGUGAUUGGAUCUGCUAUGCCUUGAUCGACGAUAUUGUCGAUGCCUUCGCGCCCGUCAUCAGCAGGCUAGAGGCCGACACCGACCAGAUCGAGGAUGAAGUAUUCAUUGCCCGUACCGACGACAUGGCCCAGUUCCUACGCAAGAUUGGCACUGCGCGCAAGAACACCAUGGCUCUGAUGCGGCUGCUAGGCGGAAAGGCUGACGUCCUGAGGGGGUUCACCAAACGCUGCAACGAAAACUACAAGGUCACCCCCCGUAUGGACAUUGGCCUGUAUCUUGGUGACAUCCAGGAUCACGUCGUUACCAUGAUGAACAACUUGGGACACUUCGAAAAGAUGAUGUCCCGCGCGCAUAGCAACUACCUCGCCCAGAUCUCCAUCGACGGCAUUACCCAGGGUACCAACACCAACAGGGUACUAAGCAGGAUCACUUUGCUGGCAUCCAUCAUCGUCCCGCUGAAUGUGAUCACCGGGCUUUUCGGGAUGAACGUCAUGGUUCCUUGGCAGGAUGUUGGGUCGCUGGGGCCUUUCUUUGGUAUUCUGGGGUUUCUGGUCACAGUUUGUGUUGUGUGUUUAUAUUUGGCCUACAAGUAUCGGCGGUUUCUGUAG